CUCUAGUCUAUUUAGAGGUUUCCCUCGGCAGGUUGGUUGCUUUUGGGAUUCCUUUAUUGGCCUUCAAGCUAGCUUGGGAUUCUUCACAUAAUAUAGUUGCUUGUGGAGAGGUGGUGAAGGAAUUCAAGUGUCUGUUUCGGCAUUGUUUAUAUGCUUGAAAGGUUACUACUGUGAUCCGAGCAUACUUUGGAAGGGAGGGAUUUCUUCUUUUUUUUUUUCAGGGGGUACGUAUCAUCUGUCUGCUUUUUAUUGAUCUUCAAAUGCACAUUGGUUUGCUACUGAGACCAGAGGAAGAAAAUAUAGGAAAGGCUUUGCUUGCUGCACUGGGUUAAGCUCGAGGAAUAGCUCUAAUAAAUAUAUUCCGAGCGAUCUGUAGUAUUGGAAGAGGUUAUUGUUUUGCUUGGUCAUUGUAUAGAAUUUAGGUUGCUUAGACUCCAACAAGGCUGAGGAGUAGUACAGGCAGUAACUGCACUUGAGUUUUGAGUUUUAGUUCUCUUUUUCUUUUCGAUAUUUUUUGGUUCUCUUUUUGUGUGGAAAGAAAGCUUCUCCAGCUUGAAAGAAUGCUCGCUUUGGAAAGAGGAGUUUUCUUGGGAUUAGCAAGCCUUCUGAUUCUUAUUCUUCUCACACCAUUGGUGAAUUCAUCCCGAGACCCCCAUAAACCAAGUCAAAGCCACAAGACCAGACAACAAAACCAACUGAAGCUGACUCCUGAACUCUCAUUUCAAAUCACACUCCACGCAUUCCUUCUCUGGGCUUCCAUUGGUUUCUUGAUGCCUAUUGGGAUAAUCAUAAUUAGGAUAUCAAACAGAGUUGAAUGUGGCAAAAAGCUCAAGGUUCUCUUCUACUCCCAUGUCAUUGUGCAGAUGAUAGCUACCCUGCUUGCUACUGCUGGGGCAGUUCUGGCUAUAAUGAACUUUGAGAAUUCCUUCAGUAACACUCAUCAGAGGACAGGGUUGGCACUUCAUGCAUUGAUAUGGAUUCAACCUUUGAUUGGCUUUCUCAGGCCUCGCAGGGGAGUGAAACUAAGGAGCAUAUGGUACUUUGUGCAUUGGCUACUUGGAAUUGGAAUUCCUAUUUUGGGGAUCAUAAACAUUUACAUUGGCCUGCACACCUACCAUGAGAGGACCUCCAGAAGUGUAAGGUUGUGGACUGUUCUCUUCACUGCAGAGAUUGUGAUCAUUGCUUUCAUCUAUCUUUUCCAAGACAGGAGGGAUUAUAUGAUGAAGCAGGGAGUGAUCCUAGGUGAUGAGCAGAUCAGACCCACUGACCAUAUAACUGUCCAAGUACCAGCCAGAAAGAGUUAGUAUCAAUUACCUAGUGGAGAGCCAAGGUCCCAAGGGCUUGUUUUCAUGUGCUCAUGAACUAUUUUAGCUCUAGCAUUGGCUCAAACUCUUUUGUUCUUCUGUCAGUGCAUUCUUUUAGCAACAUGGUGAAAGUGUUGGAAACUGUCAAUGGAAUGGAAGUAUUGGAAUUAGAAAAGGAUGUUAUGUAUGAGAAGUAUGGUAUAGUGGGGGCUUUGCUGCUUAGAAAUUUUUUGAGAUGUAGUCUGCUGCUUAGAAUUGAGAUCCAUUGUGUAAUAUAAAUUUAAGCAUCUGUGUACAAUGAUCAAAUAGGAUUAGUUGCAAUUCAAGACUUCUCCUUUCUGUAAUUAUAAUUUUUUGUUUCAUCUUCUGAAAUAAUACAGCAUUUGAACAUA